AUGUCAUCCAAUUCGGCUGACACAGAUAAUAAACAAAAUUCGGUUGAAGUAACUGAUUGGAAUGGAUUAGUUCGAUAUGCUGAAUUUUUAUGUCGUAAUACAAAGAAAAAUUUUAAAAUAUGUAUGAUAGAUGAAGAACAAGAACAAAUUCGUAUUGAAAAUAAGGAUGAAUUUGAUACCAAUGUUAAAUUUGCUCGAGAUCAUGGUCUUAAAUCACUUAUACUUUCGAUUUAUAUUGAUGAUGUACAUACAUUUGAUGGCAUAUAUCAUAUAGAAAAACCGAAAAUAGUAGAAUUAAAUCUACCAAAAGUAACUGCUUUCCCUACGGAUAAACUUCAAAAUCUUCGAAACAAUAUUCUUGUUGAUAAAUGGUAUAUACCAGUUAAAUUAGAUGAAGCCUUGGGUGUUUGUCUUACAUCAGCGAUUAUAUUAGCACAAGAAGGUCAACUUGAUUCAAAUGUUGAAUGUAAAGAAUUUAUUGAAAAAAUUGUACCCGAAGCUUUUCGAAAAUUACAAACAACUCAAUCUGUAUAUUCCUGGCCACGUGAAAUACAACAUGGAAUAUUUGAUAUGAUUGAAUUACUUGUUGAUUUAGUUGGUACUCGUAUACGUUAUACACCUGUACCAACAACUUUAUUAAAUAUACUUGCAUUGACAUUUGAUACAAAUACAACAUUUUCUCAAAAACAUAAAGAUGAACAAUUACCAACCAAUCGUAAUUAUACAUUAGAUGAUGAGGAAUUUUUACGAACAACUUUUACGAAUCGAAAUGAAUGUUAUGGUUGGCUUCGAUCGUUUAUUCAACGCUUUAUUGCUCAAAAUGGUUUAAAAAAUCUUCGAGCUUUAUUUGAAUCUAUAAAUACUACAGAUCCAACAGUAACAAGCGCAAUUGAAUAUAAUUGUUUACUAAAAUUAUUUUCAAAAUGUCAUCAAUGUAUUGAACUACGUCGUUUUCGUUUAUUAUUUACACGACCAAUUCGUCAGGCAAUUCAAUAUCUUCUUCAAAUGAAAAAAACUACGCAUAGAUCAAAUGAACAAUUAAAUGAAUUAAAUGAAACAUUAAUUGAAGUUUGUUUUAAUUAUGAAAUGAAUGAUGAAGUUAAUGAAAUACUUGAAAUAUCAUCAAUUUCAAAAACGGAAGAAACACCAAUUGCUCCAUUAAUAACACCAUUAGAAAAAAUGACGAUUAGUAAAAAAUCUAAAAAUCCAGAUUGUUAUGAACAACUUGCAGAAAAUAUUCGUUCAUUAACAAUGAACAAUGGUGAUAUUGAACGAAAAAAUAUUAAAAAACAACGUACAGAUGAACAAGUAACAGUACCAUUAUUUUCUCGUCAUCAUGCAACUGAUUGUACUACUGAUGAUAUCUUAUCAUCAUCAGAAAAACGUUUACUUAAACGAAAACAUCGUCGGGAACAACAACGUCAUUUAACUAAAAAAGAAAAUACACGAUCAAAUACAAAAACAGUUAAAACUUAUGAUCGAUCAAAUCCAGAUGAUAUUCUUCGUUUUUUUGCACCGAUGAAAAUAAAAAUUGCUUCACUCUAUGAUGAUCUUCAAACAGCUACACGUCAUGGAAAUUUACGUGAAGUUUUAAAAAUUGAAGAAAAACUCAAGUUACUUCGUCCAUAUUCAGCUCGUUUUAUUGCUGAUGAAAAUACACCUGAUGGAACGCCAAUGCAACCUGGACAAGUAUUUCGUAAAGGCUGGAUUCUUCUUAAUGAUGGUUCAAUGCCAUGGAGUAGUGAUGAUAUUGAAUUAAUCAAUCUAACUGAUGGUAUUAAAGUUGUUAAUCAACCUAUUGUUCCUGUUACAGCACCACAUAGUCGAGCACUUAUUACUGUUGAUUAUACAUGCAAUAAUGAACCAGGUACAUAUGAAAGUAAAUGGAUACUUUCAUUUCGUCAUCGAACAUUUGGUCCAAUGAUUUGGUGUUCAAUUCAAGUUGGUCAAUCAACAAUAGAAAAAUCAAUUCCAGAAGUUAAAGAAACAUUUGAAUUUGUUGAUAUACCAUUACCAUCAUGUUUCGAUUUAUCAAAACCAUAUGAAACAAUAUCAAAUAAUAAUCCCCGUCGUUCAAGUUUUCUUUUACCUCGUUCAAAUUCAACAACUACACAAUCGGAAUCAUUAAUCAAUACUUUUCAAAGUCCUGAUGUCAGCGACAAUGAUAGUUUAUCAACUUUUGCAUAUUCACCAUUAUUAUCAACAGUAGAAAAUUCUAAUGAAAUGCCAUUAAUUGAAUUAACACCUGCCAUCCCAAAUACUACCAAUGAAGAACGUCAACAACAAGCAUUACGAGCAAAUCAAUCAUUGGAUUUUGUUGAUUCAGUUGUAACAAAUAUUUUUAGUGUUGCUAAACAUGCAGGUUCAACAGCUAAAGCUAUUUUUAAUACAUUACAAGCAAAUGAUGAAUUUAAUACACCUGUUCAAGAACAACAACCAUUAAUUGAAACAAAUAAUUCAAAUAAUGAUGAUUAUUUUGAGCAUGUUGAAGGAAAUGAAAAUUCAAUUUUAUCAAAUAAUCCAAUAGAUAUAUUGAUUGAAAUGGGUUUUGCUAAUCGUCAAACAAAUCAACUUUUACUUUCAGAAAAUAAUAAUGAUUUGAAUAAAGUCAUCGAAAUAUUAACCGGCGGUAGCAUUGAAGAUAUCGAUUAA